AUGUUAAAGUGUUGGUUAGUUGGUUUGUGGAUUGUUUUGGGUUAUGUCUGCUUGUUGAGUACUACUUUUGGGGUAGAAGGUAACCCUAUUGAGGAUUUGGUUGAGAGGUUACCAGGGCAACCCAAGGUUAACUUUAGACAAUAUGCUGGUUAUGUUGAUAUUGAUCUCAAACAUGGGAGGAGUCUCUUCUACUAUUUUGUUGAGGCUGAUCAUCAUCAUCCUCACAAAAAACCUCUUACUCUUUGGCUCAAUGGAGGUCCGGGAUGUUCUUCUAUCGGAGGAGGCGCCUUUAGUGAAUUAGGUCCAUUUUAUCCUAACGGUGACGGACGUGGUUUAAGAAAGAAUUCAAAAUCUUGGAAUAAAGUUUCGAAUCUUCUGUUUGUGGAGUCUCCUGCUGGAGUUGGUUGGUCAUACUCAAAUACAUCUUCUGAUUAUACCAUUGGUGAUGAUGCUACAGCUAAUGAUAUGCUAUUGUUCAUGUUAAAAUGGUAUGAGAAAUUUCCUUCAUACAAAUCAAAGGAGUUAUUUCUUACAGGAGAAAGCUAUGCAGGACAUUACAUACCUCAGUUAACUAAUGUUCUUAUUGAUUAUAAUAAUCAUUCAACCAGUUUCAAAUUCAAUAUAAAAGGAGUUGCUAUUGGAAAUCCUCUUCUAAAUUUCAACCGUGAUACACAAGCAACGUAUGAUUAUUUGUGGUCGCAUGGAAUGGUUUCUGAUGAAAUUCAUCUUACUCUUAAGAAUGAUUGCGAUUUUAAUGCGACUUAUGAUAACUUAUCUAAAUCAUGUAAAGAUGCCAUGAUUGAUGUACAAGGAAUUGUGAGUGACUAUGUAGACAACUAUGAUGUGAUUCUUGAUGUUUGUUAUCCAUCCAUAGCUCAACAAGAAUUAAGAUUGAAAAAAAUGGCUACUAAAACAAGUUUAAACGUAGAUGUUUGUAUGGACUAUGAAGUUGAUUUCUAUCUCAAUCUUCCAAAUGUUCAAAAAGCUCUUCAUGCUAAUCGCACAAAUCUAUCGUAUCCAUGGUCUCAAUGCAGUGAUGUUUUAGAUUAUAAUGCUUUGGAUCAUGAUAUAAAUAUCCUCCCAAUUCUGAAAAGGAUUGUACAAAACCACAUUUCACUAUGGGUUUAUAGUGGCGAUCAAGAUUCAAUUGUGCCAUUAUUAGGUACUCGUAGAUUCAUUCGUGAGCUAGCUAAUGACCUAAAAUUAAAGAUUACAGACCCAUAUAGAGUUUGGUUCCACAAAGGCCAAGUUGGAGGUUGGGUAACUGAGUAUGGAAAUUUAUUGACUUUUGCAACUGUAAGAGGAGCUGGUCACAUGGUGCCAUAUACACAACCUUCAAGAGCAUUGCAUCUGUUCAGUUCAUUUGUAAGUGGCAGGAGAUUGUCAAACACUACUCAACCUUCAAUUAUUGAUUAA